AUGCAAAGUUCCGAGAGUUCCUGGAGUCUCAGGAGGACUACGACCCUUGCUGGUCCCUGCAGGAUAAGUACAGCAGCAGGGCCGCCGCCCUCUUCAGGGACAAGAGCCUCUGGCCAGCCGCAGAACUCAACCUCCUCUUCAGACAAGGCUUUUGAAGACUGGCUGAACGACGACCUCGGCUCCUACCAAGGGGCCACGGAGAACCGCUACGUGGGGUUUGGGAACACAGUGCCGCCUCCGAAGAGAGAAGACGACUUCCUCAACAGUGCCAUGUCGUCCCUGUACUCGGGCUGGAGCAGUUUCACCAUGGGAGCGAGCAAGUUUGCUUCAGCAGCUAAGGAGGGCGCCACAAAAUUUGGAUCCCAAGCAAGUCAAAAGGCUUCCGAGUUGGGCCACAGUCUAAACGAGAGCGUCCUGAGACCCGCCCAGGAGAAGGUGAAGGAGGGAAAGAUUUUUGAUGAUGUGUCCAGUGGGGUCUCUCAGUUGGCGUCUAAGGUCCAGGGAGUUGGCAGUAGGGGAUGGCGGGAUGUGACCACUUUUUUUUCUGGGAGAGCGGAGGACCCCUCGGACAGACCCCCGGAGGGCCAGAGCUACCAGAACAGUGGUGGGGACAACUGCCAGAACAGCUCCAUCGACCAGAGCUUCUGGGAGACCUUCGGGAGUGCCGACCCCUCCAGGGCGCACAGGUCCCCGAGCAGCGACAGCUGGACGUGCGCUGACGCCUCGGCCGAGAAGAGGAGCUCGGACAGCUGGGACGUGUGGGGCUCAGGCUCCGCAUCCAACAACAAGAACAGCGACCACAGCGACGGUGGGGAGGCCUGGGCGGGUGGCGGGGAGAGCAGAGCCAAGACCGCCAAGAAGGUGGCGCCGCCACCAACAGCGCUGGUGGACGAGGGCUGGGACAACCAGGACUGGUAGGCCCUUCGCGCCCCAGCCCCUGGGGCCCCCGUCUUGUCUGCACUUUGCCCUCCUCCAGCCUCAUCUGUUUGACCCAAGAGGCAGCAGCGGUGUGUGAAGACAGCCCCUCGGGCGGGGCCCUGGGGCCCAUGCUGCCUGCCGAGUGGGAGCAGGCGCUCACGUCACGGGGCAGAGGCCAUCCUGUGUCUUGCAUCUGUGUCCCUGCUCUCCUGGGAUUCUGGGGUAGCUCUUGGGCCCUGGGGCCAGGCCCCAUUGAGGGCCGGACCCCUGCUGCUGCGGGAGGACGUACGUGCUCACUAAUAAACCCCGCAGCCGCGGUGUCAGGAAUGAGAGUGCAUUCUGGAAGGGGCUUUGACUCCGUGUUCCCUCUGGUUCUCUUUCUCUUUGAGGAAGACGCCUGGGGUUUUAGAGAUGGAGAUAGAGCAGCACCAGAGCUUGCACCACUGUUUGCCCCGCCCUGGAACCCCGCCCCCACCAGCCUGUGCCCUCUGCAUGCUGGGAAGCUGGCUGUGACUCACCCAGGGGCUCUCCCUCAUCCGCCCGUCCAGUCCUGCAUAAGCGGCCGCACGCACAACCCAGUGGGCUCCACCUCACACUGGACACCUGAGCCUGUUGGCAGUGCUUCAACUCAGCCGUGCCUGUCGGAGCUGAUGGUGGCACCUGCCAGGGAUGCCCGUGCAGCUCAGAAACGUGGAAAUAAGAUUCCAGUGUGGUUAGGAAGGAAGGAAGGCCCUGAGUGCCCUCCAAGCCCGAGUCAGUCCCCAACCAGGUCUGGGGGGCCGUACUGGCAGGGUACGCUCAUUGAGGAGCAGUGUGGGGCCUUUGCCCAGGCAGGGGCCUCUGCCAUGCCGCUCCGGUGUGUCUGCCUGUUGGUGUUUUGAGGUGUGUGCCAGUAAACCAGUAGUCCCCGUGA